UCCUGGACCAUAGAACGAGUGCUACAUUGGAACUUGACCAGGCGUUCUUUCAGAUAACGAACGGCUGGUCUCGAGGCUAUAUAUUUAUAUGCAUGGAAGUUUCUUGUAUGUACGCCGUUGUUUGCUCCCAGUCAACUCACAAAGGCUGGACGAAAGCUCUAAAGACUCUGCUACUCAAAUAUGAAUUAAAAUGGCCGGAUAGAGUCAAUGAAGUCAUCUAUGUUGAUGGAGAUCUAUUCUCAGCUUUACCACAACUGUCUAAGCUCAAGCCGACAUACACAUGCUUUCUUGCACACCAUUCCGAGUGCAACAAGAAAUUUGUUCAGGACAUUCACAAGUUGACACGAGGGAUAGACCACACAACACCUUACACCGAUACCAUAUGGGGUGUGCUCACCGGAUGGGAAGAGGACGACUGCCUGUGUAUACUACAACAGGAGCCAUUGACAAUCAACAGAGUGACUGGAAAUUGCCCGAUACCUUUGGACAAGUUUAGUUCUGGUGUUUCGUAUUCAGAGAUUGAGCAGACCGUGGCUUGGAGAAAGACAGCAAAUGGAGAAGUGGCACAAGAAUCAUGCCCUGCGGAUGUGACCGAAUCAUUCAUCCUCGAAAUUGGAGCAGCACAUUCGGAAGAGAAAGGAGUGGAUAUGAUUAUCACGAGUGCACAUGCAACAGAAAGUGUACUGAAUUUAGGGUAUUGCUUCAGCAGUGGAAAACUAUCCUGUAUUGAUGGGCACAUACACGGUCAAUCCCUGGAUGGUCGGCUUCACAAACUUAGUCACCAACACAACACACCUAAGGUGCUGAGUGCUGCUGGGAAUUGUUUGAUGGGGUAUAUUCGUGACAGGGAUUCAAUGGCUCUAGCCUGGAUGCAUUCCGCUGGUGUGUCGCAGAUGGUGGGAUACGUGGUCCCAACCUGGUACGGCUAUGGUGGAUGGGGAGUGCACAAAUACUUUAUCAACAACCCAGGGAAAAUGACUUUUGCCGAAGCCUACUUUGCCAACCAGCAGUCUCUCCUAGCAAAACUGGAGUCUCUCAAAACGCCUAAGCCUGUCAUCGAGAAACACGAAGAUGUCUACAAGAAGAAAUUUGGAGCUGAGAAUAUUGACGAUACACACUCACAUGAUUUGUCUGGACUGAGUUACGACGAGGACACUACGGUAUUUUACGGUGACCCAGCCUGGGAAGCAAGACUCGCCCUCAAACCAGAGCUAUGGGACUACUCUUCAGCCGUCACAGCAUUGAAACCAUCCGAGGAGGAUGGUUGGGACAAAUCCUGGAGCUAUUGGGAGUUCACAGUGGAAACACUACGACCUGGCAGGUGGGAUUGUCCUGUUGCCGAUGACAAGACCACGUCUCCUGGUAGACCACCCAUCUAUGUGUUCCCCUCUCGUGCUUCAAAAGCUAAACUGAUUAACGGAGAUGGAAUAGUGACAUGCAGUUUUGUUAUGAUGGUGUUGCAAGGAUCGUUUGUUGCUGGACAAUUUCAUAGAGUUCAAUUUGCCACUCAGAACUAACUUGUUUUUUGUUUUUAUAUUUGUGUUGUCAUGAAUUCAUCUGAUGUUGUGUAUUACAUGUGCCUGUUCACAUGACUAUGAAUAUAGUUGCAGAA